AGUUUUGUCCAUCCCUACAUCAUCUGUGAAGUGAAUCAGUCCAUCCAUGAGAUGAGAUCGUUUUUAUAUCGUUGUAGAUGUUUUUAAUUUUUAUUUAAAAAAACUCAUUAAAGAAAAUGAGUAUUUCUUGAAAACUUCAAAAACGUAUAUGUAUAAAUAUUGUUAAAUGUAAUAUUUAUUUAUAGAAUCACACGUACUAGUCCGUGGUAUAGACGAUAAACCCGUGUUCAAAAUGGGUAAACCUGUUUAUCUAAUAAUAUUGCUCUUCUUACCUUAUUUUGUUGCUCCAGAGGAAAGUGUCGUGUUUGAUUAUAAUACUGAUAAUUUCAAAGACCGUAUAGAGGAACUAGAUGGAAAUUUUGUUAUGUUUUAUGCACCAUGGUGUCGACAUUGUACAGAGUUUUAUCCAAUUUGGAAUGAACUUGGCAAACUAAUAAACACAAAAGACUCCAAACUUGCUAUAGCCCAAGUGGACUGCACCCUACACUUCAAACUGUGUCAUGAAAGUGAUAUCACAGGAUACCCAACACUUUUGUAUUUUCAUAAAAAUACUUUCACACCAGUGGAGUACAAGGGAACGAGGGACCUACCUUCAUUGACUAUAUUUUUGAGUGAAGUAUUUACUAUGAAGUCAGAGAAGCAAGAUGUAGUAAAAGAUUCAGGCCAAGUUAAGAUAUACAGUGGGAUGGCAUACCUCAAUGAUCAAAAUAUUGAAAAAUUUGUAUCCAAUGGACAACAUUUUGUGAAGUUUUAUACACCAUGGUGUAAAUAUUCUCAGAAGUUAGCCCCAAUUUGGGCAGAGUUAGCAGUGCAGUAUUCACACAAUGAAUACAUACAAAUAGGCAAAGUCAACUGCAUGGAAAAUGAGAUGACUUGUAAGAACUUUGAUAUAAAACAGUAUCCAUACCUAUUGUGGAUAGUCAACGGCAGAAUCAUGGGUGUAGCUGACGCAGAUAAUUUGGAAGAUCUCAAAUUAUAUAUAGGAAAAAUGCUGCUUGCUGAAAAUCAUGACCCUGAAAAGUUCAUGAAAAAGAAAAAAACAUUACCAGUGGCACGAAUAUCUGAAGAGACUUUUGAAACUUUCUUAGAGAAAGAUUUGGUGUUUGUCAACUAUUUUGCACCAUGGUGCGCACACUGUAUGCAGCUGGGUCCGUUAUGGCUGAAGUUGGGUGAAAAGUUCCAGAACGAAAGCCGUGUACUGAUAGCAGACGUGGACUGCGUGCGGUCGAAACCGAUCUGCGAAACGGAAAAGAUAAACGGCUUACCCACUCUGAUAUUGUAUAAAAACAAGAAAAUAGUGAACAUAGAGCACGGCGGGCGGCCCCUCGACAGCCUCAUAUCUCUAGUCAACGAACAUCUGCAGGAGUCCACAGCUGCCAAGAACGAACAAACUGUCACCUCGGAAACUAAUAAUAAGAACCAUAGUGAUGACAGUAAGACCAAAGAUGAAUUAUAACUUAUUUAAGUAUUAAUAAUUAUUUAUUAAAAGGAAACAAAAAUGUUUAGUAU